AUGGUAAAGUCAUUGCAUAUGACUCUAGAUAACUUAAAGAAUACAAAAAGAAUUAUCCUACACAUGACUUGGAACUCGUCGCAGUUGUGCUUGCAAUUAAGAUAUAGAGUUAUUUGUAUGGAGAGCAGUGCUAAUGUUGUAGCUGAUACAUUGAGUAGGAAGUCAACAUCCAGUGUUGUGAGUAUGAUUAUAAAGAAUGAUAUACAAGAUGGAAAGACUUCAGAUUUUCAUAUAUUAGCAUAUGGUAUCUUGCGAUUUAGAGCACGAUUAUACGUACCUGAUGUAGAAAAUAUCCGAAGGGGCAUUUUAUCUGAAGCUCAUAUGACACCAUAUUCUGUUCAUCCAGGAGCUACUAAAAUGUAUAGAGAUUUGAAGUUGCAAUAUUGGUGGCUGAACAUGAAAGAUGAGAUAGCCGAAUAUGUGGGACAAUGUUCAACCUAUCAAUAG